AUGAACAUGCUCUGUGUGUAUGGAGUUAUUUUGGUCACUGCACUUGUGCAAGGACAACCACAGUAUGAGGUGCAAGUACAGUUGCCUGUCACAUUUACCUACAGAGAGGGAGCAUCAACUAGGGGUGUUUCGUAUAAUAACACACUAGCUGAUGACAGUUGUUGCACGCCUACUCCUGGAGGUACCUCUUGUCCCAUUUGUGAUAAUCGUAUCACCCUCUGUUUCCGAGAGGCUCAGCAUCCAGUGGAUGACACCAACACCGCCAUCUGUCCUCUAGGAGAUAUGGUUUUCACCCCAUCUGUACUGGGCACAGAUAUCAUUACAUUUGAUUCUACAGUGUCAACAACUACCACUACAUAUCCGACACUACCAAGUGGACAAGAGGUUGAGAGUGGACAACGAACACUGACCCGGCCAAAACAAGACAGAACAUCUACUCUGACUGGUAGCAGUCAAGUUGGUGGUGUGAGGACUAAACUAUUUCUUGGAGGACUACGAGUAGUGUGCAAGGAAGGCUACUUUGGUCCUGACUGUGGUAUACUUUGUACCUCAAGAAACGACUCCACUGGACACUUCACCUGUGACACUAAUGGUAUCAAGGUGUGUCUCCCCGGUUACCAGAAUCCGGAGACCAUCUGUGUGGAAGAAGAAGAAAAUACAGUUACGCCCAAACCUUCCAGUACUAACAUUGUGAUAGAGUUGACUAGUAACAGUGACGUCUCUCCAUCAGCUGCUGGUGCGGACAUUGUACCCAUUGUGGCUGGAGGAGUUGCUGCGGGGUUGGUGGUGUUAGUGUUGAUCUUAAUUGUCAACAUUGUGUUGGUGGUUGCUUACGCGAAAGUCAAGUUUAUGAAAGACACUUCAAAUAAACAAGGGUCUGCAGCGGAGGAGCAAAUCGGUAUGGAGGUGAACCCAAUGUAUGGGAAGGGGGACAACCAUGACUAUGAGAGAGUACAGGACUCUGUGCAGGCGUAUUCUGUACAGUAGCUUUAGAUCUAUAGAAAGAGUAGCUU